GAGAAGUUUGGAACAGAUUCGUAGUAGGCUUUGUAAAUUAGCGAAAUCAUUAAAUUUCACAUCGUAAUCUUAAGCAGAUAACUUAAAUUCUCUGUAACGUAAUUUAAAAAAAUAAAAAACAAUCAUUUGGAUAACACAAUAAGUAAGGCAAUAGAAUAUUGAAAAAAAAAAGAAAACAGAAAAUAUGGCCUCAAAACGUUUAAAAUGUGAUCUCAGUCCUGAGCUAACGACCUGCCUAAAACUUAAGGAAAAUGUCCGUCCCGAUUGUUGUCCCAUCAUCGAACGCAUACCUUACGACGCGGAAUGUUUCCUUAAGGACAUAAGUAAAGAGCUGAACAAACUGUACGAUCGUCACGAACGCCGGUUUACAAAACGCAAACGUAUUAUGGAGCUGGCGGUACCUAGGCAACCCCAAUGUCGUCACCUGCCUAAAUGUCCCUGUCCAUUCAAGAAGACUAUCGAAAUCGUACCGGCCGAAAUGCCCAUGCAUACACGCACCGAUCAACUGGCACUGCCGCCGGUCAGGCGCUUGCUGCAUCGACGAGCCGACGCUAAAGCGAACGGUGAUCUGAUUGGCGAGGGCAUCAUUAAUCGCUUGUUACGCUACAGUUACUUAUCAUUGUACAGUCGAUUGAGCAACGUACAGCCGUUGGAGAAACCCGUGAAAAAGAAAAAGUUGACGGAGAAGCAAAUGAAAUUGCGCGAGUUGCAUAUCAAAAAACUGGCUAAGCCAAUAAAGGAGAUAACCCCACCACCACCGGAUCGGAAGAAGGGUCAAGUAGAUCAGCGGCGUCUUAAGAAACUGGCGCGCCCCAAGUUAUAUAUGGAGGACAUCAAGGCUGAAUGGGAAUUCACACCUAGCAUGCGCGACUACAAAGCAACGGAUCGUGUUAAGAAUUUAGCUGAACCGGUAAAUCGACCCAAUGUGCACACCAAUGAAAAUCCCGAGAAGGUCUCACCCAAUGCACUCAAAUACAAACCGAGCGAUCGCAUUAAGGAGAUGUCACAACCGCUGGCUAAGCACGAAGCCAAUUUGGGUCCGGCCGAUCUCAAGGACGAUCCGUUUUCUAUUUCACCAAACGCCUUAAAAUACAAGAUAUCAUCACGCAUGAAGGAGCUGGCGGAGCCAAAGGAGUUCGAGAACACGCAUAUCAGAGAGAAUCCUUUUGCCAUCUCGCCUGCGGCACUAAAAGCGAAGGCCUCACCGCGACUUAUAGAAUUGGCCAAGCCCAAGGGAUCAUAGCACUAAAAUUUUUCAGACACUUUCAGCACAUUUUGGAAUUUUCGUUUGGGUUUCCGUGGUUUUUGUAAUAAACUGUAAUAUGUAGAAUAUUUUCCGUAAAUCAAGCUUUUCCAUUACCAUUCAGGAAUAUAUAGAUUUAUAUAUAAUUUAGACGUAGCAAUAAUUGAAGACAAUUUGGAUUGAUUUGGUUUUAUUUUCUGCAUCGUGGCUUUCGCUCCACAUCGAUUUAGUUUUUAAUAAAAUAAUUUUAAUUUUUGUUUUUGCUUGUCAUAAUAUUAAUGCUGGUUGAAAACAUUCGAAUCCAAUUUGGAUUGUUUUUCUAAUAAUCACAAAAUAAAACAAUACGGCCAAUUUGUAAAACUAAAAAUCGUCGGGUAAAUGAAUACGGGUGAAAGGGGUAGGGGGCGAGGUAAUUGUUCUAAACAUAAAUAUUCGCCAGAAAUAA